GCGGCUGGUCUGCCUGCCAGCUAGCCGGAGUCCCGGGCGUGUGCUGCGAGCCGGGGUUGGGUUGAGGAACGCGGUGCGGGAGGCGCGUCCCCCUAGCUCCUCCGCAGCCGCCCUUCGCGGCUCGAGUACCCCACUUCCUUCCCUCUCUUCUCCUUCAUUCUGGUCUGGGGGUCUCGGGGCAGGGAGCUGAGGGAAGGAACUAAAGAGGAGGAGGCGAAAGCGGAGCGAGGGGCAGAGAGGGUCCCGGCGCGGGGCAUAGCGCGCGCUGCGUCUCGCUCUCCCGCCGGAACCGCCGCCUCCUCGCCCGGGGCGCCCGCACUAUGCAGGCGGACUGCUGGCCACCGCGAUGGGGAGCCGGGCGUUGGUGAGAGCCGGGCGCAGCCCUCACCGUCUCCGAGUCCGGGCCGCGGCCGCCGCCCCCGCCCGGGCCGCGCUACCCCUCUCCCGCCCUCUCCCUCCCCGCUCCAACUCCUCCUCCUCCUUCCCCAUGCCUCUGUUCCUCCUGCUCCUACUUAUCCUGGUCCUGCUGCUCGAGGACGCCGGAGCCCAGCAAGGUGAUGGAUGUGGACAUACUGUACUAGGCCCUGAAAGUGGAACCCUCACGUCCAUAAACUACCCACAGACCUAUCCCAACAGCACCGUUUGCGAAUGGGAGAUCCGUGUAAAGAUGGGGGAGAGAGUGCGCAUCAAAUUUGGUGACUUUGACAUUGAAGAUUCUGACUCUUGCCACUUUAAUUACUUGAGAAUUUAUAAUGGCAUUGGAGUUAGCAGAACUGAAAUAGGCAAAUACUGUGGUCUGGGAUUGCAGAUGAAUCAUUCAAUUGAAUCAAAAAGCAAUGAAAUUACAGUGCUGUUCAUGAGUGGAAUCCAUGUUUCUGGACGAGGAUUUUUGGCCUCAUACUCAGUUAUAGAAAAACAAGAUCUAAUUACUUGUUUAGACACUGCAUCCAGUUUUUUGGAACCUGAGUUCAGUAAGUACUGCCCAGCUGGUUGUCUGCUUCCUUUUGCUGAGAUAUCUGGAACAGUCCCUCAUGGAUAUAGAGAUUCCUCGCCCUUGUGCAUGGCUGGUGUGCACGCAGGAGUAGUGUCAAACGUUUUGGGUGGCCAGAUCAGUGUUGUAAUUAGUAAAGGUAUCCCAUACUAUGAGAGUUCUUUGGCCAACAACGUCACGUCUGUGGUGGGACACUUAUCUACAAGUCUUUUUACAUUUAAGACAAGUGGUUGUUAUGGAACACUGGGGAUGGAAUCUGGCGUGAUUGCUGAUCCUCAGAUAACAGCAUCAUCUGUGCUGGAGUGGACUGACCACACAGGCCAAGAGAACAGCUGGAAACCCGAAAAGGCCAGGCUGAAGAGACCUGGACCUCCUUGGGCUGCUUUUGCCACUGAUGAGUAUCAGUGGUUACAAAUAGAUCUGAAUAAAGAAAAGAAGAUAACAGGCAUUGUAACCACUGGCUCCACCAUGGUGGAACACAAUUACUAUGUGUCAGCUUACAAAAUUCUAUACAGUGAUGAUGGACAGAGAUGGACUGUCUACAGAGAACCUGGUGUGGAGCAGGAUAAGAUAUUUCAAGGAAACAAAGAUUAUCACCAGGAUGUGCGUAAUAACUUUUUGCCACCAAUUAUUGCACGUUUUAUUAGAGUGAAUCCUACGCAAUGGCAGCAGAAAAUUGCCAUGAAAAUGGAACUGCUUGGAUGUCAGUUUAUUCCUAAAGGUCGUCCACCAAAACUUACUCAACCUCCACCUCCUCGGAACAGCAAUGACCUCAAAAACACUACAGCCCCUCCAAAAAUAGCCAAAGGUCGAGCCCCAAAAUUUACUCAACCACUACAACCUCGCAGUAACAAUGAGUUUCCUGCACAGACGGAGCAAACAACAGCCACUCCUGAUAUCAAAAAUACUACCGUGACUCCAAGUGUCACCAAAGAUGUAGCCUUGGCUGCAGUCCUAGUCCCGGUGCUCGUCAUGGUGCUCACCACCCUCAUCCUUGUAGUAGUGUGUGCUUGGCAUUGGAGAAACAGAAAGAAAAAAACCGAAGGCACCUACGACUUACCUUACUGGGACCGGGCAGGUUGGUGGAAAGGAAUGAAGCAGUUUCUCCCUGCCAAAUCAGUGGAACACGAGGAAACCCCCGUUCGCUACAGCAGCAGUGAAGUUAAUCACUUGAGUCCAAGAGAAGUCACCACAGUGCUGCAGACGGACUCUGCAGAGUAUGCACAACCACUUGUGGGAGGAAUUGUUGGCACCCUUCAUCAGAGAUCCACCUUUAAACCAGAAGAAGGGAAAGAAGCAAGUUAUGCUGACCUAGAUCCUUACAACUCCCCGGUCCAGGAAGUCUACCAUGCUUAUGCCGAACCACUGCCGAUUACCGGGCCCGAAUAUGCAACCCCCAUCAUCAUGGAUAUGUCCGGGCACCCCCCAGCCUCAGUUGGUCUUCCCUCAACGUCCACUUUCAAAGCUACAGGGAACCAGCCUCCCCCUGUGGUGGGAGCCUACAACACUCUUCUCUCCAGGACCGACAGCUGCUCGUCCGCCCGCGCCCAGUAUGACACCCCAAAAGGUGGGAAACCAGGUGCCAGUGCCCCAGGCGAACUGGUGUACCAGGUGCCACACAGCACACAGGAGGCUUCAGGGGCCGGGGGGGAUGGUGAAUGUGAUGGUUUUCAAGAAACUCUUUGAAGGGGAUGCUGCUUGUUACAAAGCAUGGUUGUAAAGCACAUGGCCUUUCUUGUGUGUUAGUGGUAGUAAUGUAGAGAAUGUAUUACCUGUCUGUCACAGCUGUGGUUGGGGAAGAUGUGAGGACUGAGGUACAGGGAACUGCUAAUCUUGCCAUCUUGCUUUAAGAGCAUUACUGUGGCAGUGACGGCUUGCCUGUUAAAUUUCAAACAUCCUGUUUGUUACUACUGUAAAACACGAUUUUUUAAUACAGAAAAAGCUCCCUACUAUGCACUUCAAAGAAAUUAAAAAUCCCUGAGUAUUUAUUACCGAUGCUGCAGGUACAUUGAUGAACUCGAGGUGGCUCUGUACGCCUGACUGGCAAUAACGCGUGGUACUGUUCUUGAAAUGUCUGAUGGCUUGAAAUGUUGCUCUUUGUGAAAGGUGGGUACUAUCAUGAGUUCUUUCUCUUCUAUUCCUAUACUCCUUAUGGAUUUUUUUCAAAAAUUAGUGAUAGAAUCAUCGUUUUGGUUGUAGUCGUACACUUACCUGUCUUUCCUUAGGAAGGUCUAUAGUGGGAAACUGACUUGUGAAGGGUGGGGUCAUUGAUUUUUCGCCUUUUGACACUCUGAAGAGCUUUCAGACUUCAUGGUACGUGACCUGGUUUCAUCCCUGCUUGUUCUGUCUGGGACCAGCCCCAUUCUUGUGUUUAUAAACUGUUUUGAAUUUUUUUUUAGUGAGUGAUGCUUGCUUCAUCAGCCUCAUGAAUCCUGUAAUUGUAAAAAGCUCUAACAGAGAUUCUCUCCCUGCCCCCAACUUUAUUUGCAACGGGAUUGGUCCUAGGCGAGUUGGAGGGCAUCUGAGUGAACACUGUAGACAGGAGUCCUUAUGUUUACCACAGCGAAAGGCUUAGAAUCAUUCCUCAGAAGUCAUAUAAAUUACCCUAAAAAAAAAAAAACACAAGAAAACAAAAAACGGAUUUGCCCUCUUUGAUUUAAUAUAUAGAGAUGUUUCUCUGAAUCUGAAGUUAUUUUUGGUCAAAAAGUAUUUCUAAUUAUCCACAGUAAAAUACUGAAAGAAGUAGAAGCCAGCAUGAAUUCUUCAACUCUGUGUGAGUGUGCCCGCUCUGUGUCGUAGGAGUUGUGACAGUCCUUUACCACAUGCCUGUGGAACAGAUGUUCUAGCAUCCUAGCAGGUGAAUAUUGACGUCUGUUUUUGAUACUUCCAGGCAACUUCUUUGUCACCAUUUGCCCAGAACUAGUUUUAGAUGGGUGAAAUAAAAAUUCAUUUAAUUUAUUAGCCCAUAGUGUAAGAAUCUUUAAAAAUCUUUGGCAAGAUGAGAAGCUGGCCCUAUGUUUAAAACAUAUAAUCUCCCAUCAGGUUCUAGCCAUUUCUUGAUUGUUUCCAGAAUUUGCUAGAUGUGAGAAAAGACAGUGUUCAUUUUGCUUGCUUCCAGGUAUAUCAGUAUUUUAAAGUAUUGCUUCAAAAACAAUUAUUUCUGCAGCCUCUCUGCCAUAUAGUAUUAUUUUUGUUGGUGUUACCUUCAUUUGCUUUUGUUUUUCCAGACAAACUUUGAGGCAUAAUUUUAUUCAUUGAAAAAAUAUAUUGUUUCCAAACAUUUGAAACAAAAAGCACAGAUGUUGAACUUUAUUAAGACAUGAAUGUGUAAAGCACAUUUAUUAAUGCAGUCAUCCCCUUUCAGGUGGGAAGAGAGUAAACCAAUUUAUUUUUUUAUUUAUCCUCAGUACACAGUGAAUAUACUUCUCCAAUCACAUGCCUGUUUGAGAAGCUUUAAGAGAAAUGAUCCCAUUUUCCCAAAGAUGCUUGUUUUUAUUUAAUUUUGUGCACCUGAUUUUCCCAUGGAACUUUUUUUUGAGAGGCAAAUGUUUUCUUCUCAAAUGAUGCAUGUUUUUGCCACUGUGCGGUCCUUGAACUACGAGUGAUUUUUACAAAAUAGUUUUUAUUGCUUUUGUAUAUUUUACUUUCCAAAUGAAGAGCUGAGCCUGAUACAAAGGGUUAUUCUGGUUUUGUACUUUUAGUUCAUUUGUUUUCAUAUUAGAGUUUUGUUUUGGGUUUUAACUACAUUUAUAUGUCUGAUGCAGCUGUGGAGACAAUCAACUGAAAAUGUGAAAGUAACUUUUUUUUUUUCGUUACUAAAUUCCCUUGAAUUUUUAUUCUUUGCUUGAAACAUGUUAAAGAGUUAAGUCACUCUGGUUUAUUGGAUUUUUUUUCCUGUUAACACAAUGAUAAAAAUCAAAUCAGUGGUACAGCAAGUGUGGCCCCUGCAGGUUUUCAUAAAGUCACACCAACUUCACUGUUACAUAAUCUUAGGAACCAGCACAGUUAAAGAUAUUGUGAAUACUGAUUUAUAUUUUAUUAAAAGCUAUAACACUAAAUAGAUCCUAUUGUAUGUGCAGGGUCUAGUCCAGUUAUUUAAAUUCAAGUUUCACUAUUUGCACUUUGCAUUGAACAAUGGGUUUAUCCGCUGAUGAAAUGGUUUGUGUAGAGAAUUUAUAAAGCAGUUGAAACUAUGGUGUCAUGUGCACUCUUGUCCUCCCCUGCCCCAGUAGAAAAUGCACUCAUCUAAAAUUCUGUGGAAGGUGAGAAAGCUUGAACUUCUUUGCCUUGGCCCCACAUUGACACCUGGAGAGCAUAAGGGCUAUGGAAGCACCAGGUCAGAGGACAGAACUAAGACUGUGGGACAAAAACUUUUCAAACCCUUUUAAGAGAAAUCUGUUGGGCUCUACCUUUAAGAAAAACUGCCUUUUAGCUCUGCUUUUCUGUUCUGAACUUGAAGUCCCUAAACUGCAAAAUCUAGUAAGUGUUGGAUGGUUAUUAAAAUACUUUUUAGUUCAACUGUGGCACCAAUUAUUUACUCCAAUUUGUGACUAGUUUUUUUGUUUGUUUUUGUUUUUUUGGCACUGGGAAAGGUGGAAACAAAACAUUGAAAUACAUAUUGGAAAUAAAAAUGGUUUGAGGGUCAGUGAUAUUCUCCCAGAAUGUACUUUUCUUACCUCGGCAUGUACUGUAGUCACUCAGUAUUUGUAUAUGUUGCUAGAAUUUAGAUUGUAUAAAUAGUGAGAUCUUAAUGUGUUCGUGUGUUUUUAAUAAAUUGUACAUAUGUGU